AUGGGCCAUUCUGGCUCCGCCCUGGUCUCGCUUCGCCGGGGCUCGCUUCGCCGCGUCGAGGCGAACUGGCUGAGCGAAGCGAGGUCGAAGUCGCACAGGCCGCGCAAGCGUUCGCGCACCCCGGAGCGCGUCCCCCCGACCAGCUUCGCGGACUACGAGCCCGCCCCGGACGGCAGCGGCUGGUACGUCUACAAGAAGACCGGCAAGUGGAAGUACCACCCCGAGACUGGCCUCUACCUGCACAUCAAGUCCAGCGUCUACUACAUCCAGAAGGAUGGCGACCCCAAGGCCUUCCGGAAGAUCGAGGACGACGACGACCCGACCAUCAGGAAGAUGAAGCAGUCGGAGGAGAUGCGGAAGGCCAUCCAGUCCACCGAGUUCGUGGCCUUCGGCGAGAGCGGCCAGGGCGCUCCCGAGGGUGCUGGCGGCUCCUCCCCGCGGGGCGCCGCCCCGCAGGAGGCGGCCGCGCCCGCCCCGGCUGCCAAGGCCGAGGCGGGGCCAGCGAGGCCGCCGGAGCCCGCCGUGCAGCAGCAGCAGGCGAAGGAGGAGGUUCCCAAGGGGGAGGAGAAGAUCGAAGGCAAGGUGAGGGAGUGGAACUCCGAGAAGGGCUUCGGCUUCAUCGUGCCGCUGAUAAAGGAGGGCCAGGAGCCAGAGGCAGUGAAGAGUGUCUUCGUGCACCUGUGGAACGUGGUGGGCAGCACGCACACCAACCCCGUCAAUUUGCGGGAGGGCGCGCGGGUGCAGUACAAGCUGGGGGAGCAGGAUGGGCGGCCUAGGGCCAUGGACGUGGUGAUGCUUGGCAAGGACCGGCUGGCCCGAAGCCCAAGGUGCUUCGCGAAAGUGCCCAGGCCAAGGCCAGCGGGUGCAUCGGGGCGGGUGGAGGACUGA